UUCGCGCCCCGCCAUGGAGGGCGGCAGUGGCGGCAGCGGGGGACCCUCGCGCGGGACCGGCCGCGAGAGGAAGAAGAGCAAGGUCCCCGCCGACGAGGCCCCCGCGACGGCCGUGCCUGGAGGAGACCCCGGAGGAGGCGGCGGCGGCGGCGGGGGGAAGUCCCGCAAAUUCAAUUUGAAGCGGGUGAUGGCAGAUGAGCUUGAAAGAUUUACCAGCAUGAGGAUAAAGAAGGAGAAGGAAAAGCCCAGCACGGCUCAUAGGAAUUCUGCUGCUUCCUAUCCGGAUACUUCUGGCUCAAGUCAGUUGCUGCAGGACAUUUCAGACAAGGAUGUGCUGGCCCUCUUUGAGCAGAUGCUGGUGGAUAUGAAUCUAAAUGCGGAAAAGCAGCAACCUCUACGGGAGAAGGACAUUGGCAUCAAGAGAGAGAUGGUCUCCCAGUACCUGCACACUUCCAAAGCUGGCAUGAGUCAAAAGGAGAGUUCCAAGUCUCCUAUGAUGUACAUCCAGGAACUGAAAUCUGGUCUCAGAGAUGCACAGCUGCUUAAUUGUUUGGAGUCUCUGCGUGUGUCACUCAACAAUAAUCCUGUCAGCUGGGUGCAAAAUUUUGGAGCUGAGGGCCUCAAUUGUCUGCUGAACAUAUUGAAAGGACUUCACGAUGAGAAGGAUGAAGCUUCUGGGCCGUAUGACAUCCGGAUCAAACAUGAGAUCAUUAGAUGCUUAAAAGCUUUCAUGAACAAUAAGUUUGGAAUUAAGACGAUGCUUGAAACGGAGGAGGGGAUCCUGCUUUUGGCAAGAGCCGUUGACCCCAAAGUCCCAUCCAUGAUGAUUGAUGCUAUCACGCUACUGUCUGCCCUCUGCAUUCUGCCUCAGCCUGUGGAUAUGCAUGAGCACGUUCUGGUGGCACUGACACAACGAGCAGAAAUGGAUGAAGUGGAACGAUUCAAACCCAUCUUGGAUGGCCUGAAGAGUGACACCUCAGUGGCAUUAAAGGUUGCCUGCCUACAGUUGAUCAAUGCCCUAAUCAUUCCAGGAGAUGAACUUGACUUCAGAGUUCACAUCCGCAGUGAGCUCAUGCGUUCUGGACUCCAGCAGAUCCUCAAGGAGCUGCAUACUCAAGACAAUGAGGAACUGCUGGUGCACCUGUUGCUAUUUGAAGAAUAUGCUGAAGAAGAUUCUGCAGAACUCAAAAACCGCUUUGAGGAGAUUCGCAUUGAAAUGGAUGAUUUCAAUGAAGUUUUCCAGAUUCUGCACAAUACAGUAAAGGACUCUAAGGCAGAGCAGUAUCUCCUUUCUAUUCUGCAGCAUCUCCUGCUAGUCCGCAAUGACUAUGAGGCCAGGCCUCAGUAUUUUAAGCUGAUUGAUGAAUGUAUUUCCCAGAUAGUCCUGCACAAGAAUGGUGCUGAUCCAGAUUUCAAGUGCAAGCACCUUGACCUUAAUAUUGAAGGUCUGAUAGAUAACUUGAUUGAUCAAAACAAGGUGGCAAAAAGUCAAGCCAAAGCCAUUGAACUGGAGAAGAAGCUGGAUUCUGAGUUGACUGCACGCCAUGAACUACAAGUUGAAAUCAAGAAGAAGGAAAGUGAUUUUGAGCAAAAAAUACAAGAUUUUCUUCAAGAGAAAGAAAAACUAAUAGCUGAGAAAGAGCAAGUCCUUUCAGAGAAGCAGAGCCUGGAAAAGGAUAAGUCCUUGCUAAAUGACAAGAUGGCUGAGCUUGCAAACGAACUUGAAGAGACUAAGAAGAAGAUGGAGCAGGUCUCCUCUUUAUCUGCAGAGCUCCCACAAGAGCCAGCUUCUUUACCUGGUGAGGCAGCAACACCGCCACCUCCCCCGCCCCUUCCUGGCAUGGCUGCAGUGCCUCCGCCGCCUCCACCACCUCCGCCACUUCCUGGCGCGGCUCCACCCCCACCUCCACCCCCACCUCUGCCAGGGAUGCCAGGGAUGCCACCGCCACCACCACCUCUUCCUGGGAUGCCAGGGGUGCCACCACCGCCACCACCGCUGCCAGGAAUGCCAGGGAUGCCGCCGCCACCACCACCGCUGCCAGGAAUGCCACCACCACCGCCACCUCUUCCCGGGAUGCCAGGGAUGCCACCACCACCGCCGCCUCUGCCAGGGAUGCCGCCGCCGCCACCACCGCUGCCAGGGAUGCCUCCACCACCGCCAGCUCUCCCUGGGAUGCCAGGGGUGCCGCCGCCACCACCACCUCUUGGGGUGCCCCCUCCUCCCAUGGCACCUGGGUUUGGGUCCUAUGCAGCUCCAGUUCUCCCAUUUGGAUUGCCUCCAAAGAAGCAAUACAAGCCGGAGGUUAAGAUGCGAAGAACGAACUGGUCCAAGAUUUCAGCUUACCAGCUCUCUGAAGGCUGUUUCUGGGUCAAAGCUAAGGAGGAUCGUUUUGAGGAUGAUGAACUCUUUGCCAAACUGACUCUUUCCUUCGCGACUGCACAGGCCAAAUCAAAAGCGAAGGAGGAGCAGGGAGAGGAGAAGGUCCAACAAAAGAAGAAGACCAGGGAGCUGAGAGUAAUGGAUCCGAAGAUUGCACAGAAUCUUUCCAUAUUUCUGGGCUCCUUCCGCAUGCCUUACGAGGGAAUCAAGGAUGCCAUCCUGGAGGUGAAUGAAACUGUGUUGACUGAGUCCCUGGUGCAGAACCUGAUUAAGCUUAUACCAGAACCAGACAAGCUGAAGAUGAUAGCAGAAAUGAAAGAAGACUAUGAUGAACUAGCUGAGCCUGAGCAGUUUGCAGUUGUGAUUAGUACAGUUCCCAGUCUGAGGCCCCGUCUCAAUUCCAUCCUCUUCAAGCUACAGUUUAAUGAGCAGGUGGAAAACAUCAAACCACAGAUAGUUUCUGUGACAGCUGCCUGUGAAGAGGUCCGCAAGAGUGAGAGCUUCUCCAACCUGCUCUCCAUCAUCCUCUUGGUGGGCAACUUCAUGAAUUCUGGCUCCUCAAAUGCUGAUGCCUUUGGUUUCAACAUCAGCUUCCUCUGCAAGCUCCGAGACACCAAGUCAGCUGACCAGAAGAUGACUUUGCUGCACUUCUUAGCUGAAACGUGUGAGGUGCGCUAUCCUGAAGUGCUGAAGUUUCCUGAUGAACUCAUCCACGUGGAGAAGGCUUGUCAAGUUCCUGCGGCGGAUUUAGGGAAAAGCCUGGACCUCAUGAAGAAACAGAUUUCAGACUUGCGGCGUGAUGUUGACAGAUGCCCCAGCGCUACAGAAGAGAAGGAUAAAUUUAAAGAGAAAAUGUCGAGCUUUCUUAAGGAGGCUGAGGAGCAAUAUGAGAAGCUGCGGAUGAUGCACUCAAAUAUGGAAAACCUCUAUAUGGAAUUAGGACAGUAUUUCCUGUUUGACACCAGUAAAAUAUCUUCUGAGGAGUUCUUCACUGAUUUGCACAACUUCAGAAUCAUGUUUUUGCAAGCCGUAAAGGAGAAUCAGAAGCGGCGGGAGACGGAAGAGAAGAUGCGUAAAGCUAAGCUUGCCAAAGAGAAGGCUGAGAAGGAACGGCAGGAGAAACAACAGAAGAGAGAGCAACUGAUAGAUAUGAAUGCAGAGGGCGAUGAAACAGGAGUUAUGGACAGUCUAAUGGAGGCCUUGCAAUCAGGAGCAGCCUUCCGUAGGAAAAGAGGACCACGCCAAGCAAACAGAAAAGUUGGCUGUGCCGUCACUUCAUUGCUAGCCUCGGAGUUGACAAAGGAAGAUGCUCUGGGUUCAAGCAAGCAAAACAAGAAGCUAAAGAAGGACAAAGAUGGAGAAGCCGAAGCCCCCAGUGGAGAUACUCCAGAUGAAACUUUCACAGAGGGGAACAGCCGCCAGAGCUAGAGCCCAGGCUAGGACUAAAGCCUGCGGCAGGAGAGAGACACACAUGGCAGAGGAAUUAAAAAACACUGAGUCAC